ACAUUUUCCCACUAGUGGGGCAAAUUAAACCAUUAUUAAUUUAAAUAAUAGUGUGAUAAAUAUUAACGGAAAAGUGUUUAUGUAGUUACGAGAAUAUGAAUAUGCUUAUUUCAUAUUAUAAGAUACGUAAAUUAUUUUGUAAUUCAUUUAAUUUAUUGAAAUCUGUUAAACUAUUUUAGAAAAAAUGAUUGUCUCGGGAAACUUAAUCAGAUAAUAUAGCAACUCAGAUAUUUUGUUUUUAUUUUGAUUUCGAUCGAGAAUCAAGAUUCGAACACGGAAGUAGUUGGUUUCUUGUUGUUGACGCUUGCAUUGCGAAACAUGUCUUUUUCCUUACUUAAAAAUAUAAAAUAUGUUUAAAUUAUGGUGAAUGAUACGUUGACUCCAUGAUACGGCAAGUUAAUCCAAAAUAUGGCUUCGAGGGGAGAAAAAGCGAAUGGAAAUGGCGAGGAGCAGAUCGUCGAGACAUUGGCGGAGGUGUUCCGGUGCUUCAUCUGUAUGGAGAAGCUGGUGGAUGCACAUCUGUGUCCUCAUUGUUCGAAACUUUGUUGCUACGGUUGUGUGCGACGAUGGCUUACGGAGCAGAGAUCCCAGUGUCCACAUUGUCGUGCCGCUUUGCACCUCCAUGAGCUCGUAAACUGUCGUUGGGUGGAAGAAGUUACACAGCAAAUCGAAACUAUGCAACAAACAAAUUCCGCUUGUCAAAGGGAAAGUUUUCGGGACAGAUGUCCGACACAUCAAGAGAGGCUAACUGUCUACUGCUGGACAUGCCGUCGCUGUAUAUGUCAUCAGUGUGCUUUAUGGGGUGGCACACACUCGGGCCACACAUUUAAACCAUUGGAAGAGGUGUAUGAGCAACAUGUAACUCAGAUAAGAGAUGAAGUGGCUCAGCUGCGACGUAGGCUGAUGGAGCUCAUAAGUCUCGUACAGGAUGUGGAACGUAAUGUCGAAUCCGUGCGCGCUGCGAAGGACGAGCGUGUCCGUGAGAUCCGAAACGCCGUAGAGCUUAUGAUAUCGCGGCUGGACUCCGCGCUUAAAGCUAAGCUGCUGACCCUGAUGGGACAGAAGAAUGGCCUCACCCAGGAGACGGAGCAGCUCGAGCAUCUCCUGCAAGAGAUUGAGCACCAAUUGCAUUCCAGCACUAGAUCUGAACUGAUUGCGAAGAGCAUGGAUCUAUCGAAAAUGAUUCACCAAGUUCGCAGGAAGCCGAUGGCCAGUUUUGUCUCCGCGCCCGUACCGGCCGAUUUCCACAGCGAGAUCGUGCCGAGCUACGACAGCAGCACGUUCCCGCUGGUCGGCUUCACGCAGCUGCAGCACGCGGCGGCGCCCGUGUACUCGGCGCCGCUGCACGUCAACGGCCUGUGCUGGCGCCUCAAGGUGUACCCCGACGGCAACGGCGUGGUGCGCGGCAACUACCUGUCCGUGUUCCUCGAGCUCAGCGCCGGCCUGCCCGAGACCUCCAAGGUAGGCAAGAGGUACGAGUAUCGAGUGGAGAUGCUGCACCAGGUGUCCCGCGACCCGUCCAAGAACAUCGUUCGCGAGUUCGCGUCGGACUUCGAGGUGGGCGAGUGCUGGGGAUACAAUCGUUUCUUCCGCCUCGACCUGCUCGCCAGCGAGGGAUAUCUGAAUCCCGACACGGACACACUCAUUUUGAGAUUCCAAGUUCGCCCGCCAACGUUUUAUCAGCGAUGUCGCGAUCAGCAGUGGUAUAUCAACCAGCUGAUUACAAUGCAGAAUCAGCACAUUCUGCAGAUUAAUGAUCUCAAGGAGCGUUUGACAUUGGAGAUGUCUCGCAACUCGAUGACGGCGACGCGCGCGAGCCCGCCCAGCGCGGUGACGUCACAGGCGGCGGGGGGCACGGGGGAGGACAACCCGGCGCAGAAUAAUCCCGUGGACGGGAACAGCUUCCCAGAACCGCCCCACUUCGGGAACCAGUGGAAGUUCAACGCGCCGCCGAGCAUUCUGAACGGGCAGCGGCUGACUAGUCCGAGUUUGCUGAACACGGCCAUGUACGAGGAGCCGCCCGCGCCCGGCGUGUGCUGCGCCGAGUUCGCGGCCGAGCGCGCCCGCAACGCCGCGCAGCACGCGCUCGACUCGCCCUACAACAUGCCCUCCACGUCCAGGUCUGCGAGCUCUCUGCAGGGCGCCGAUAACUUGGCGCUGGUGAGCCUGCACACGCUGUUGAGCGCGACCGCGCCCGGUCGCCCAGUGCGACCUCGAGCGCGCCUCGACCGACCUGCGGAGUCACCGCUCGUCGCAGUGGCAAGUACACCAGUGACAGAAGCGAGCACCACUAGCACUACUGUAUUAUGUUCGUCGUUAUCGUCUCCAGAGCUGAAUGGCACAACCAGCACCAACGGUGAACCAGGAGCAGCAAAGCCUGAAGAGUCUGCCGGGGAUUCCGCUAGCCCUCAACCCGUUGUGACCCAACCCGUCUCCGAGUCGAGCAGUGACACUGGAGAUCUUAUGUUCAGUGAGUUGGACGGUUUCAUAGAUGAAAGCAACACAAAUCACACUGACGAGAUCUCCAACGAGGAAAACGACGUCGACGAAGAAACUAUGUCAGGGGAGAAUGACAUAGAAGGCGCGUGCGGCGGACGCUCCAACGACGCGGGCGACAUCCUCAGCCGCCUGCUGUCCGCCGUGCACGGGCGCGGGGUCACGCCGGCCGGCAGCGACGGGCCGCUGUCGCCCGCGCACGCUCCGCACGCGGCGCACACCACCGCGCAGACGCCCUCCCACCCGCACGUGACCCCGCACGUGACCCCGCACGCCGCCGCGCAGGGCUCCUACCACUCGUACCUGCACACGCACCUGCCCGUCGUGCCGCCCUCGCCCGCGCGCCACGACGACCCGCAGUUCUCCACGUCCGCGCACACCGACAUGCUGCUGCUCAACCUCAUGCGCAUCAACGGUCUGACGCCCAAGUGCUCGAGGAGCUCGAGAACCGGGCCGAAGCGCAACUGGUCGACGUCGUCGCAGGGCGAGGCGCCGGCGCGCGCGGCGGGCGGCGCGCAGCCCCGCGCGCCCCGCCCCGCGCGCCGCCCGCCCCGCGCCCCCCGCGCGCCGCCGCUGUCGCCCGGCCAGCUGCAGCGGGACACGCCUCCGGGGCUGGGCUGGGCGAACGCAGGCGGCGCCAGCGCGCUGCGCGAGGUGUACUGGCCGUCCGCCUCCUCGCUCAGCGACACCGACGACGUCGAGGUCAUUCUCGACUACAACGACACGCUAUUCGAAAUGCUGUUGAACAGCCUGUCUAUAGAAGGCGGCACCGUCGCGGAAUGCGACGAGGCUCCACCCGUGCAGCCUUGGAGCCCCGCCCGCGAGCCGCGCAACGAAUGAACCGUGCGGCGACAACGUCCGCACCAACCGCCGUACCCGCACGACCCGCACUAAGCGCACUACCGGCUCGAAACAUCGCCCUACCAAAUCGAAUACAACCGCGAAUAUCAUCAGUAAAUAUUGUGUUUUUAGUAAAUUCUAUUUCAACGUUGUUAAAAGAAAAAAUUAACAAAAUAAGAAUUUGUUAAUUAAAAAUAAUGCUUAUGUUUUCCAGAGUACCGUUGAUAUUUAUUUAUAGACAUGAUGUACGUUUAUUCGUAAAUUGAUUUUUUCGAAAGCUGUGGAUUAAUUUUCAAUCCAAGCAAAAUCAAUUUGAUAUGGUAAAGCUCAAUUUAAAAGAAAUUUUGAAAGUAUACUUUAAAAAAGUAUAGUAUAUUAUAGUUUUUUUUUUAAAUAAUUCAAAAAGAAGCUGGGGCUAGAAGUUUAAAUAUAACCAAUAGGUCAAAAAUAAAUGACUAAAAUAUCGGGCAAAGUAAAAAAGUACUAUAAUCUCUCUUGGAAAAUGUCAAAAAUAACAUUGUUAAAGCAUUUACUCCUAACAUACAACACCAUAAAUAAUAAUGCGAGAACAGUCUUCAGUACACUUACUAUAUUAAAUGUUUAAAUAUUAAAUUUUUGAAAAUAUUCGAUUGUAGUAGUUCGUCUUUAAAUGUCUGUUUUAAUCUCAUAUUUAUAAACGUCGCUGCGGCUGUUUAGCUGAACACUGCUUCCUCUCUUUCUGUCAUUAGUGACUUGCCAUUCGAAAGAAAAAGACAGAAUCGUUUGGCUAAUCAUCCGUUAAGCCACAUUUAUAAGUAAGGACUUAAAUAUUUUAAACAUCUGUUGUAUAAUCGUACAAUUUAGUGAUAUGACUGUUGAAAUAUGUAAUUUGAAGCUUUGACUUGCUAUUUGUAAAGGCGUUCUUCUAAUGAUAUAUCUUUUUGUUAUUCUAUGUAAUACCCGUCGAGUGAUUGGUUUUAACAUUCCUUAUAUUUUUGUAACGAUUCAAUAAUGUUGAAAGUUUGCUGUUAGUGGUAACGUAUUAAUAUUAUUUCUAAUGCGCUAUUUUGCUCCCUAAUGUACGUGUAAAUUAUAUCUGCCUGGCUUAUGUGCAGUUAUGUGUGCGGGUUAUAUUGAGCGUGGCUUGUGUAAUCGUUGUAUUGCCAAAGAUUUGGACUGCACAAUUUUGAUUAGUGGAUUUUUUGUGCCACAUUGAGAAAAAAAAAUAUCGAGAUUUCCUAUAGACUGUAUAACGUCGCUUAGAAAACAAUUAGCCUUCGCAAGGAACUUGUUUCAUGAAAUGGAACAAACUAUAAUAUUCGGCUGAUUUAUUUUUUUAUAUUACCAAUAAAGUUAUUUUCAUACUUCACGGUGCAAAAAAAUAAUUCAAUGGUCCGUUUUGUAGUUUUUUUUUUUUUUUUAAUAUAAAUAAAACUGAUAUUUUUACCUUUUUAUCGGUUUCGUAAAUCUCAGCAUAAUUUAAUAAUUAUACUCAUUAUGAUAUUGUAGAGAGCAAGAGACUUGCCUCGACUCGUUCCGGGUCCUUUGAAUUUAGUUUAUUAGUGUAUGUGUGAACGAAUGAACGUUAGAAUAUUAUAUUUGGGCAUUAAAUUAUUUACUAAAAAUUUGAUCUCGGACAUUAUCGGUAAGGGAUUGUCCACGACCGUUGAAUCUUUUCUUCCUCCGCCUCGUGUAUCGCUACGUCUUUCCAAAACUUAUACUCAAUAUUGUAAUAUUUUGAUGUCAUAGAUUAUUAUAGGAAUUGACGUUUGCCGCGCGUUUUUUUUUUUUUUUUUUGAUAAACUAAUUUUAAUAUAUCAUCCAAAGAAUUUGCCAUGAACUUAUAAACUCAUUUUAAUUUGUUUUUAUAAUCUCUUUAUCAUAAUAAUAUUCGCGCUGCAUUCGUCAAUAUGUCACUGACGCGAUACUGGUUAUCUUGCUUGUUUUCUCGGUUUGGUUCUGUGUCAAUUAAUUUGUGAUAUUCUAUAGAGUAAUGAAUACAGAUACAACAUAUUAUAAGCAUUGCAUUUAUUUGUGUUACAAAAUAUCAACUUUGUAUUAUCGAAGUUGAAUAUAUAAAAAAAAAGGUUCCAUAUUUUUAUUUCUUAUUUUAAAAUUAUUGGUUUUUUCUUUUAAUUAUAUUUAUGGAGUUAUCAAACAUAUCGGUUUACCGAAUAUUAGUUACUCGUAUUGUUUAUUAAUCAAGCAGGAUAGGCAGUAGGACAAUUUUUAAUUGAUAUCACUUCAAUAUGCUGUUGUUAAAGUAGAAAUCGAUGUUAAAUGUGAUUGUAGCGAUAUAACAAGAUCGAACGUAGUAGGUAUUUUAACUAUUAGUUUAUGUAGUGUGUUGACUUACAGUUCAAAGUUAGUUUAAGAGUUAAUUGCUACAUAUAUGUUUUAAAGCUUAAUUUUACGCUUUAAAAUACUUUAUUUAAAAAAAAAAAAAAACAUCGUUUAGGAACUUUCAGUAUAAACUAAUGAAUUAUAGAUUUAUUUACAAAGUAUCAAAUACAACAAAUGGGUACAAUUACUAUGUUUUAGAAUCAUCUUUGAUAAAUGUCUGUUAGCAAAAGAUACCUAUUUUUGAUUCUGUCUAAAAUGUUGUAUCGAUGUAUGUGAUUUGAUGUAAUAUAUAGCAAAAAUAAAA